CCCCCGCCAGCCGAUUCAAAACUCCACAUAACAACAAUGGGCGGAGAAAAGAGAAAGAGACAAGAAGACGGCAGCAAUGGCCCUUCAAAGAAGAAGACGGCAGCCCUUCCUUCGGGCACGGUGAAAGUGGAACAUGUCAAAAAUGACGAGAAUGAGCUGGGUCCCAUACUCGCCGCGACUCCAGGCUUAUCCAUUCCCUCGCAUAUAUCCUUCAAGACAUACAAGAAAACAAAGGUCCUUCCUACCGGCGCAACAACCGAAGUUAUUCUACAAUCAUCCGAACACCCGCGCCUAGAUUACCUCGCAAAGGAAGAAAAGGACGGAAGCUCGGCCAGCCAGCUAAAGGAUUAUGUCGGCGUCUACGAUCCUGCAACAGGAAAGCUUCAGCUUAUGCCUGUUCGCAGACUGACAGUGCGCAGCUCCUUGCGCAGUGAAACGGAAGAGCUGCGAAAUCAACAAGCCAAGGAAGAAGCAGCCAAAGCUUCAAUGACAGCACAGAGGCAUGCGCUUGCUGCCGAGUUCGGGUCUAAGAAGUCACGAAAGGCCAUUGAAGAUAUGACGCAGAAUGCGAUCCGGGAUCCCAACGCCCCCAACAACGACAGUGUCGCAAACAAUGUCCUACAGAACAUCUCAAGCGCUACUUCAGCCAUGCCUACGCGAGAAGAUCUUGCAGCGGCAGUUGACAGCUCUAAACCACGCCCCAUCGCGAACAUCGCUGCUGAAUACCCCGAGGACGUAUAUACUAUCGAUGUCGUGGUCGGCAAGGAUCUUAUGUCGGCCAUACCUGUCAAAGACUGGAUCGACGCUUCGGAAGCUGGGACUGGUGUUCAAGUCACCAGUAGAUACGUUGCGAAACGCAUUCUCAAACUGGUCAAAAAUAAACAGAUUGAGAAGCUCAAGAUGCUGCGCUUCAUCUUACUUUGCAUAAAAUUCAACGAGUCACUGAGCUCAAAAGGAAGGGGUCCUAAAAGGGUACCACCCAAGGACAAGCUAGCGACACUCAUGGGAGACGAUGUGGAUGAGGCAGUGAUCAACGGUAUUCGAAGGAAGUUCGCAUCAGAGAAUAAUGAAAUGACUCGUUGGCAUAUCGACAACUUAAUUACGCACAUUUGCGCAGCAGCCCUUCUGGUGGAUGGCUUCGAAGUUGAUGUGAACGAUCUCCGCAACGACCUCCGGCUUGAAAACAAAGAGGUUCGACAAUACUUCGCCGAAUUGGGCUGCAGAGUCGCCGCACCCACAGAAACCGACCGCACUAAGUUGAAGCUGACCAAAGCUGAAAGCCUUAACCAUUUCGUUGCCAGACUGAAGCUCCCGCUCGUGUUCCCCAAAAUCAAGACUGGACCAUCAAAAAAACGGUAA